UGCGUUGAGGACCCGUUGAGGAUGAAUAUGAACGUCAGACGGGAGCAGUCAGGGCCGGGCGGGGACCAUGGCAGGUUCCUGGAGCUGCUCAAGAAACAGAUUGAAGCAAAUCUCAAGACAUCAAGUAAUGACACACAGCACCUGAUUGAGGCGAUGCAUUCACUCACCACGGGAAGCACGGCUGUCUGUCAUGUUGGGUGUGCUGUCUGUUCGUGUGUGUGUCAGCUCACGGCGAGCAGUCGGCUCCCAUGACCAAACGGGAUAUGUUCGACCUCAGCCAGUUCCAGGUCCGCACAGCCAUUCCACCCACGUGUUUCCUUGCCACACACGGCUUGCUUGUCUGUGUGUGGUGCACAGGAUGAGUAUGCGUUCGAGCACUCCAUCUCGCAGUACGGCAUUCAGGUCAAGUCGCUAUAUCACAACGCCAGCCCCGCCGUCCUCUACGAGCUGGCACUCAAGUACGAGGCCGGCUCGUACAUCUCUGACACAGGGGCACUCAUGUGCAGCUCCGGUCCGACGCAACAACACCCGCACGACACACACAGCCGUCCUGCCCUGCGCUGCCUGUGCCAUUUGCCCGUGUGUGUUUGCGUGAUGCAGGUGUGAAGACCGGUCGUUCGCCGCAGGACAAGCGUUUGGUGGAGGAGUCUACGAGCAGCGAUGACGUGUGGUGGGGUCGCGUCAACAUCAAGCUGAGCGAGGCCUCGUACGCCACCAACCGCGAGCGUGCCAUCGACUACCUCAACCUGCAGGAGCGGCUCUACGUCGUCGAUGCAUUCGCCGGAUGGGACCCUGAGUACCGCGUCAGGGUCCGUGAGCUGAAUGAAGGACAGACGUACGGAGGACGCACGUCGGUGGCUCACUGUGUGUGUGUGUGUGUGUGUGUGUAGAUUCGUGUGAUAGCGUCGAGGGCGUACCAUGCGCUGUUCAUGCAAAACAUGCUAGUCAUGCCGACAAAAGAGGAACUCAAGGUGGGUGAGACAACAAAUGCCAGAUGGGCCGCUCGAGGAGCAGAUGAAUGAUCGAUGCUUUGUCUGUGUCUGUGUUGUAUGUGUGUGUGUCUUUAGAACUUCGAGCCCGACUUCAUCAUCUACAACGCGGGCAGUUUCCCCGCCAACCGAUACGCCGACGGCAUCACGUCGCAAACGGCCGUGCUGCUCCACUUCGGCAGAGGUAACCACACACGCACACACACACACACACACACACACCGACACGAACAAGAUCAGAGGUCGGCGUUCAUUCACGUGUGACGUGUCCAUUUACGUGUGUGUCAGGUGAGAUGGUGUUGCUGGGUACGCAGUAUGCGGGUGAGAUGAAGAAGGGCGUCUUCACGCUCAUGAUGUAUCUCAUGCCCAAGAUGGGGCAGCUGCCCCUGCACUCAUCAUGCAACGUUGGUACGCGCACGCAUACGCACACAGGUGCACCCAUGAAUGCCGGACACACCUACGCCAACACGCCAUGGCUUGUCAGGUCCGGAUGGCGAUGUGACGCUGUUCUUCGGCCUGAGCGGCACGGGCAAGACAACACUCUCAGCGGACCCGCGGAGGUACACACACUGACAUACACUCACUCCACACCAACAACACGCCAUGCAUCGCUGUUCGUGCCUGGUGAUUCUGUGGGUCAUGGCCAGGAGUUUGAUAGGUGACGACGAGCACGUGUGGACGGACACUGGUGUGUUCAACAUUGAGGGCGGGUGCUACGCCAAGUGCAUCGGGCUGAGCCACGAGAAGGAGCCUGAGAUCUACGACGCCAUCCGCUUCGGUGCCGUCCUCGAGAACGUGUGCUUCGACAUCGACCAGAGGAACCCGGACUACGACGACACGGGCGUCACUGGUGGGUGAGGGAUGAAGGCAGCGCGGCGCAUUGGGCAGAGGGAGAGGGGGGGUGGCUGGCCACACUCAGGUCGUGUAUGCAUAUGCGUUCAGAGAAUACUCGUGCGUGUUACCCGCUUCAGCACAUCCCGAAUGCCAUCACCCCCGCAGUGACACAGACACACCCCACAAACAUCAUCCUGCUGGUGAGCGAGGGGAGGACAAACCGCAUCAGGGCAACACAUAACGAUUUCGAUUUUGUUGAUUGCCUUUGUCGCCGUGUGUGUUUGUCAGACGUGUGAUGCGUUUGGAGUGUUGCCGCCGAUCGCCCGGCUGACGCCCGAGCAGGUCAUGUACCACUUCAUCAGCGGAUACACCGCCAAAGUCGCGGGCACCGAGCAGGGCAUUACCGAACCACAAGCCACUUUCUCUUCCUGCUUCGGCGCGCCAUUCCUCGUCCGACACCCUAUCGUCUAUGCCGAGAUGCUGGUACACACGCCAACAGAGAGAGAGAGGGAGGGGGGGCGGGGAAGCGAAAGGGAGGUGAAUGGAUGUGUCAUGUGUGUGAGUGGUGUGAGCAGGCGGACAAGUUGAAGGCGCACAAUGCGGCUGCGUGGCUGAUCAACACGGGUUGGGUUGGGGGUGGGUACGGCAAGGGCAGCCGCAUCAAGCUGCGGUACACACGCGCCAUGAUCGACGCCAUACACGACAAGGCACUCGAGGACGUCGAAUACGAGGUCAGUCAGGGGAGGCCUCGGCUGGCACAAGUUGGCCAACGAUGGUGGAAAACAGGGAUGUGCGUGUGUUGGUGAGUGUCGUUGCAGACGUCCCAGAUCUUCAAUUUGUCGGUGCCCAAGCACGUCCCUAACGUGCCUGACGACGUCCUCAUGCCGUCACGGUACAGGGGGGAAAAGAGACACGGUGCCGCUAGUGUCAGUGAAACAUAUGCACGGUGUGUCUGUGCUUGUUUUGUCUCGUGUCAGGUCGUGGGCCAACAAGACCGAAUACAUGUGAGAACAGGCCACACACGGACAGAGAGAAAGAGGGGAGAUGAAUCGAUUGGACGUGAGUAUUCCCUUCUCGCGCUCAGGAAAGCGCUGUCUAAGUUGUCUCAGCUGUUCGUCAAGAACUUCGAGACAUACGCCGACCAGUGCCCACCAGAAGUGCAGGUACGUCUGUCUCCACACCGUGCCGUGCCCAUACACUAUUUAUUACUCACACAAAACGACUCUGUCUUCCUCUGUCUGUCAAUCAGCACGCGGGUCCGGUGACGUCUGGAAAGCUGCCCCAUCCGCCUUCUAGCUCAGCCAUGGCCCACCUCCAAUCGCCUCAGCCCUCUCGUGGGGCCAGCCCCCGGGCAAACGAGACGGAGCCACACCCGGAGAACUUCCCCGAGGACAUUUCCAAAGGUGGCAGGCUGGAGCUCACGGGCGUCGAGGGCGUCCUCAACGGCGUACACAAGACCAAGACGGAGGUCAAGUGAAUGGAUGGCAGUGUCUGUCAAUGGCCUGCCUGUUUCGUGUGUGCGUGUGCGUGCGUCCGUGUAUUCGUGUGUUUGUGUGUUUGUGUGUGGUGAGGGGUAGAGCUCGUGGAUGUGUGGCGUGUGCGCAAAUGGGCGUGUGUCAUGAUUUCCGCGCGUGUCUGGCCGGUGUUUGCGGAAGGUUCUGUGGGGGGUGGCCUGCUGCGGGACACGGUGGCCAGCCAGUCGUGUCCCUGCAGUGGCUGAGCAUCCCCAACAGCACCCUACGUGAGCACCCAACCAAGACACACGCACCUGAUCGAGGGCAGAUUCUGCCCAGCUGCGAGGGAGGUGAAAAGUUGAACUGACGAGCGAGCGAGCGUCCUCAGCGAGAGGAAGGAAAGCAGCACACUGAUUUUUCCGUCCAACUCUCCUCUCACGCGUGUACGUACGACAGACAGACAUACAGAAGUAACUAACUAAGUGUCUUCCUUUUUCGACCGUGGCGUGCAAGGAAAGGGGUCGUCGUGGUGUCGUCGUUCUUACGUGAGAUGAGAGUGGGGGAAGGGCAUCAUCUUGGGGAGGGGAGGGAUGGGCCUUUGGCCCGUCCAGCACCGACCCGGGGUGAUUUUUCGGCCCAGCAGGAGUGUGUAAGGAUGGGUGGAAGGAGAGAGAACGAUAAAGGGGGAUCGAAAGAACAGCGUAUCGUAUUUUUUGGUGGGAGUAUGGAUCACCGACUUCAAGUGUGGUCGGUCGUCUGUCUUAAUCAAUCGUCGCUACUUAUCA